UCUCUGCUUCUGCCUCUCUGCGUUCCCCAUCUCUGGCUCUCGUCGCUCUUCUCCCCUCGGUCUGGGGUGUGUGCUGUGUGUAAUGCUUCAGGAAGCAGCACGCAGUGAGGGAGCUCUCAGCACCAGUGCAUCAGGGAGAGCGUUACUGGCUGAGUGCUGAGCAGCCAGGGUAUUGAUUCAGCCCGCAGCCCAGUCUGUCGGCCGCCUGGACUGGCCGGUUACGUCCCUCCGCUCCGCCGCGUCUCAUUGCCCAGCUGCCGCGCCGAGGGGGACGGUUAGAGCCAGGUCCCUCCAGGAUGUUUGCUUCCAAAUCCAGCUCCGUGUCCCCCUCCCCGUCCAUGGAGCAGGCAGAGCCGGACGCUCUGGACAUCAGCACCAAGGUGCAGCUGUAUGGCGUGCUCUGGAAGAGACCCUUCGGCAGGCACUCAGCCAAAUGGUCCAGGAGGUUCUUCAUCAUUAAGGAAAGUUUCCUGCUCUACUAUGCUGAGAGUGAGAAGAAGAGCUUUGAAAGCAACAAGUACUUCAAUAUCCACCCCAAGGGUGUCAUACCCCUGGGAGGCUGCAUCGUGGAGCCCAAGGAAGAGCCCAACAUGCCUUAUGCCAUAAAGAUCUCUCAUGAAGACUUCCAUGGUAACAUUGUUCUAGCAGCUGAAUCAGAGUUUGAGCAGGCUCAGUGGCUGGAGAUGCUACAGGAGUCUGGAAAAGUGACUUGGAAGAAUGCUCAGCUGGGAGAAGCCAUGAUCGAGAGCCUGGAAGCCCAAGGACUGCAGCUAGCCAAGGAGAAACAAGAGUAUUUAGAUAAGCUAAUGGAAGAGACAGAAGAGUUGUGUCUGCAGAGGGAGCAAAAAGAGGAGCUGGAGCGGCUGAACCAGGUGCUGGAAGCGGAGAAGCAGCGGUUUGAGGAGGUGGUGCGGGAGCUGCGGCUGGAGCAGGAGCAGAUCAGGCGGGAGCUAGAGCUCACAGCCCGCUCUCUUAGAGGAGUGGAGGAAGAAAAGAAAGAGCUGCGAAGCCUGACACAGACCUUACAGAAAACCCUGGAGGAGCUCUCCCUGGAAAAGCAGCAAAUGCUGGAGAUGCUGGAAGAAAACGAGAGCCAGCUCCCGCUUCCAGCCAGCCCCAGCGAGGAGCAGAGCCCCGUCUGGGGACUGCAGUGCAGCCUGAGACAGAUUGAAGAGAAGAUGCAGCAACUUCUGAAGGAGAAACUCCUGGCAGAGAAGAGGAUGAAGGAGAACGAGGAGCGGUCCCGCGCGCUGGAGGAGGAGCGCGAGUUCUACUCUGCCCAGGCGCAGGCGCUGCAGAACUCGCUCUCGGAGCUCACGGCCGAGAAGCAGCAGACGGAGACAGACCUCAAGGCUGAGGUGAAGAUGCGCAUGGAGCUGGAGAAGAGGCUGAGAGAGGCUGAAGAAGCGUUGCAGAGCUUGGAGCAAGGCUUGAAUUCCCUGGAUUUCAACAAGGAGAAAGAGAAGAAGAUGAAAGCAGAUGUCAGUCACUUGAGAAGGUUCUUUGAGGAGUGCAUCCGCACGGCAGAGCUGGAGGCCAAGAUGCCAGUGAUCAUGAAGAACUCGGUGUACCUCCACAGGGCUGCCACUCGGCGCAUCAAGAGCUGCCGCUUCCACCGCCGCCGCGCCAGCGCCUCCUGCAACGACAUGAAGCAGUCCCAGUCCUUCAUCUUCUCGCAUGCAGAAGCUGAAAACAUGGAGGAGCUGAAGGAAACGGCCAAAAGACUAAGCCGGGACCAUCACUUCAGGAAAACUCUCUAUCAAAUCAUGAGGUCGCAGAAGGAUUCCGCUUCAGGGGGUGCCAAGUGACUCUUGUUGGGAGGGGGCUUCUGGUCUCAACUUGCCACUCAGCUCUGUAGGAGGCAAUGGCUUGCUGCACACCCCCAGUCAGUCAGCGCUUCGGUGGGACGCGUUUCCUGAAGGCUGCAGCAGUCCCAGCCUCCCAAGCACAGACAGUCAUAUCAAACACAGGGCAACCUCUUGAUGCUACAUCAUUUCAAGCAAACAGCAGCAGCACAAGGUGAAGACGACCUGAGGAUGCUGUGGAUUUGUCUCCAAGGAGGAUCGUGUGCAGAGAGGAGCUUAUAGGUAACUGAGCAGCAGCAGCAGCAGCGCAAGCUGGGGGAGGGCUGAGCUGUGGUGACUGCGGGAAGAACAUGCCGGGGCCACCCUUGCACUAUUUUGUGUUGGGACAGCUGGCUGUGUCGCUGCCAGGAGCACAGCUAUGUCCUGCAGAAUGUGUCCCCUACAGGCAGAUUGAGUCUGGAGGAGCCUUUGGCUCAGCUCUGGUGGCUUCCUCAUCACAGCUGUCCUCCAGCUUGUUUUACAGGCGGGUGAGGUGUGUCCAGCAACAAAACCCGCUGCUACUUGUAGAAGUCAAACAUUGUCAGCAGCGAGCUGUCAGGGCUGUGGAGGUGGGGAAAGCAUUCUCUGUAUGUGCUGCAGUGAGUGGGCUGUGUCCAGGGCUUUGUACUGCUCUCUACCAGUCCUCCUAAGUGCAAUCCAGGCUGUCUCAGUCCAACUGGGGCUUCUGGCAGGUCAAGGUUGGACUGGGAGAGGUGCUGUGGACAGCCUAGUCGGAGGUGGGCUUCUGACUGGCCUCUGUGCCCUCCCAAGUGCUUUACCAUGUGAUUUUUGUGGGGGACAAUUUGCCUUGGAUGUGAUUGGCUUGUAUGUUACAAGAGAGGAGUUGCUUUGCUGUGGAAACCUUGCAGCCUCUCCCACCCAUUUGCAGCAAGCAGUUGGUUAACAAUUGCCCCUGCCACGGUCCCAGCGCUGCCUGGGGCUUUCAGAGCACGUGGCAAGCACGCUCAGAGUGAUGCUGCUCUCCCCACAGUAUGACUUGGGGAGCAAAGGAAUGAACAGUACAAAAGUGAAUGGAAUUAGCAGCAGCGGUACAGCUGGGGAUUGGAGGGGUCUUACUGCAAAUUUCCUGGAGCUUUCAGGGCUGAAGCCCUCAGUAGCACUCCUGGGUGUUACCUAUGUCCAGUGACACCAGGGGAGCUGCUUUUACCUGUGCCCUGCAGACUGUGACACUGUCUAGUCCUGGGCUUUGGCCUCUGGACACCGAAGUUCCUUAUUCCUGACUAGUUCAGUGCUGUUUCUAGGGAGAAGUCAGGGAUGAGGCUGGGAAGGGAGCCCUGGCUUUCCAUCCAGAGGAGAGGUGCUGCUGCAGGGGGGAAGGAGUGCACACACUGGUAGGGUGUGAUGCUCCUGGAGGGAGGCACUCCGGUGUGACCAGAGAGAAAGCGUUGAAAGCACAGCUCGUACUUUCCAUUUCAGGCAGUUACUCACCCCAGGCAAUGGCAGGUUUUAUACACUGAAGGCUGACAUCUUUGUGAUGGCAGAUGAUGUGAUUGGGAAAGAGCAUUCACACACCUGAUCCUUAGGUGUUUUUUCCACUCGUGUGGUAGAAAGUCCAGGUGAAUUCUUGCCCCUGCAUGGCUGAAGGGCUGAGAAAGCAACACAGAGCCGGUUUCCCCUUCACACUGUCCUCGCAUCAUCUCUGCUGUUUUCCAGUUACAAGGGCUCUAUCACAUGAUGCUGGAAAAGAGGAUAACCAGGGAGAGGAUGUGUAAUCCCAGGCAGUUAGGAAAAUCACCCUGUGGCUUGUAAAUGCAGCAGCUGCGAUCUGUUCCCAUCAAAAGCCACAAUGUCAGGCUGCACAGGGGUGUUGUACUCUGGAGGUAGCCACAUCAGGUCUUCCUUUACUGUGCUUGUUGACAGCAAUAAAGAAAUAAAUAAA